UAACGUGAUUAGCUUCGCUAUAUUGCUGUUACGCGCUUCUUUCAAACAAAUGUGUUUCACCGGUGGGUCAUGUUAAAUAUUUUCACGCAUUUCAAUAUUUUAUUUCUUUUUUUCUGUCGUCAUCAUCAUGGUCCUAAAGCCGUCCCCCUCUAGGUGCCACACUAAAUGCAGCCGUGUUAAUGCAGGCUUUGUCCUCCCACAGUCGGUGCACAAAUACUGCAAUAAACAUGGCCUCCCCUCAGCCUGGAAGCCCAUCUCUUGCAGAGCAAUACACUCCACCUGCGCAGGAGGAAGAGAGCCAACAAGAGGAAGACGAAGUGAGAGAUCCACCUGAGAGAAAGCGUGGCAGAGGCAGACCCCCAAAAGCCAAACUCUCCUUCAAAUGCUCCACGUGCACAGAACCUUUUAGGAGUCUCUCGGCAUUACGGAGCCACAAACUUUCAGCACAUGUAAAGGACCAUCAGCAGCAGCGUUCGUGUUCUCAGUGCAGCAAAACAUUCUCCAACAAGGCUCAGCUUUCAAAACAUGAGCGCAUUCACUCAGUCCAGCGCCCCUUUCAGUGCCCCGACUGUCACAAAGCUUACAAGACUCCGACAGAGCUCCGGAACCAUAGCCGGUCUCACACCGGGGAGAAGCCGUUCAUAUGCACAGAGUGCGGCAAGGCCUUCAUGCAGGCCAUCUGCCUGAGGAUCCAUAUGACGCAGCACAGUGGAGAGCGCCCCUACUCUUGCAAGCAGUGCCAUAAGAGCUAUCCUACUCUUUCCAAACUGAAGGUCCACAUGCGGUCUCACACGGGAGAGAAGCCGUACUUCUGUGCCGAAUGUGGUAAGAGCUUUGCCGAUCCCUCUGUAUUCCGAAAGCACAGGCGCAACCAUCAGGGCCAUCGGCCUUACGCCUGUGACGAAUGUGGGAAAACGUAUACAGAGCUGAAGGACCUGAAAAACCACGAGCGCUCCCACACGGGUGAGAAGCCUUACCUGUGCUCAGACUGUGGCAAAGCCUUUUCCCGGUCAUCCUCCCUGGCGUGCCAUCAGCGCAUUCAUUCCCAGAACAAACCAUAUCAGUGCGAGCAGUGCGGUAAGGGUUUCACCCAGCUGUCCUCCUACCAGUCUCAUCUCCGCACUCACUCUGGAGAGAAACCCUUCCUCUGUCCACAGUGUGGCAAGAUGUUUUCAGACCCUUCCAGUUUUCGUCGCCACCAGCGAGCCCACUUGGGUUUCAAACCCUACCCCUGUGAUAAGUGCUCCAAAAGGUUUCGCCAGCCGGCCGAUCUGGCUGUACAUGAGCGUGUUCACUCUGGGGAGCGGCCUUACAAAUGUCAUGAAUGCGACAAGGCCUUCGUAGCCUCAUGGGAUUUGCGCCGCCACACGCUCGUACACACAGGGAACAAGCCCUUCUCCUGCACGGAGUGCGACAAGUCAUUUGCAGAGCGCUCCAGCCUCAACAAGCACCGGCGUGUGCACUCUGGCGAGCGACCUUUUAAAUGCGAAGAGUGUUUAAAGUCAUUUGUGGUGUCAUCAAGUCUGCGCAAGCAUGAGAGGACUCACCUGGUUGAACAUUCUGAGCAGCAGCAAAAUCAACAGGAGACGGAGUCUGGUUCCGCCACAGGCUUUACUGCCCACACUACCUUGCCACAGUUCUCUUGUUCUCACUGUGACGCCACUUUUGGAACCUGGGAGGAGGUUCAGGCCCAUGAGAAUCUUCACUCCAUCUCCACUCCUCCGGUUGUUACCAAAAUUGUGACUCUGGGCCCACACAUAUGUGAAACCUGCCAGGUAGAGUUUGCACAGUUGACAGACUUGCAGGAGCAUAAAAAGCAGCACCCCAAGCCCAGGCCGCAUGUCUGUGAUAGCUGUGGGAAGGGCUUCCUCAACAAAUCGGGACUACGUAAACACCAGAAGAUCCAUUCUGCCAGCAAACCUCACAGCUGCCCCCAAUGUGGCAAAGCCUUUUUGUUUGCGGCCUACCUUCGCAAGCACUUACGGACCCACCGGGACAGUGUGUUAGCUACCCAACUCAGUGAGCUAAACAUCAUUCAUACAGACCCACUCCCAUCUCCACCCCCAAGUGAUGUUUCCCCCAAUGUGGUUGAGACCACUACAGUAUCCCUGACUCUUCCAGUGACUGUACCUGUGACUGCUUUUCAGACUCUGCCAGAGUACCUGGUGAAGGAAGAGGGACGUUAAGUUUAUUUUUCUUUUUUAAUAUUUUGGAGCAUUGAUUCCACAGGUAUU